AUGCCUCGCGGAAACGGACCAGUCACCAAGGUCUUCUUCAAGGGCUCGACCGAUGACUUCAUCGUCUUCAUUGAGUCUCCCGAAGAUCUCGCCAGAUGGAAGCAGGACAAGUCGAUUCCGCUUGCCGAAGUGGUGAACUCGUUCAAGAUCAUGGUGACGCACAAGCACGGAGCCCAAGGUCAGCUGGACGGCGCGUCCAAGGCGAGCCUGGAGAACGAAUUCGGCACGUCCAACGAGGACGAGGUGAUCAAGAAGAUCCUCGAGCAAGGUCAACCACAGAUUGUCCAGAAUCCCGAACGUCACGGAGAUCGAAAUGAGACCAUGGGUCCACGACAAGGACAUCCUACGGCAUAA